CAAUUUCACUGCCGAGCACUGAACACAUUAUCCAUUCCUUCUCUGUCUCUCUCUCUAUCUGAGCAUGGCGUAUGGAUAGCUUCCUUCGCCGCCGUCGCCGCCGCCACCACCACCACCAUCGCCGGCGAUGCUUCGGUUCCAGACGUUUCCGCCUCCGCCGCCGACCUCAGUAUCACCGAGACCAUCGCCGCUCUCUCUCCAUGAACGCGCCUUCUCUUCUUCCUCUACUCCGCUCCGACGGCAGUCGUUCCUCCGACGGCGAAGGACCGGGAGGCCCAAUCUCAAGCCUCUCACCUCCCGCAUCGUCCAGCUCACCCGCCGACGGCAGCUCCGUCAGAUUUUUGAGGAAAUUGAAAUUGCCGAGAGAAGAUAUGGGAAGCUCAACACUAUAGUGAUGAAUGCGGUGAUGGAAGCAUGUGUUCACUGUGGGGAUGUCGAUGCGGCGCUUAAGAUCUUUGAGGAAAUGUUAAAGCCUGAGAGUUGUGGUGUAGAUAGUGUGACAUAUGGCACACUUCUGAAGGGCUUAGGUGAUGCUCGAAGAAUUGAUGAAGCAUUCCAAGUACUUGAAUCUGUGGAGAAUGGUACUGCUAUGGGAAAUCCCAAGUUGUCAGCAGUGCUAAUCUUUGGUCUACUAAAUGCUCUUAUCGAAGCAGGAGAUCUACGCCGUGCUAAUGGUCUUCUUGCUCGAUAUGGCUAUGUCUUACACAAGGGUGGCAGACCUUCAAUUCUAAUGUGCAACUUAUUGAUGAAGGGAUACCUAAACUCAGGUUUGCCCCAAGAAGCUUUAAAUGUCCACGAGGAGAUGUCACACCAAGGAUUGGAUCCUGAUAGACUAACCUAUAAUACUCUAAUCUUCGCAUGCAUAAAAGCAGGAAAUCUUGAUGCAGCUAUGUGUUUUUUCGAGGAAAUGAAGGAAAAAGGAGAGUCGAAUGGCUACCAGGUGGUUCUCCCUUAUGCAGUAACUUACACCACUUUGCUCAAGGGUUUUAGGCACUCCAUGGAUUUAGUUUCAGUUCAGAAGAUUGUGUUUGAAAUGAAAUCACGUUAUGAUCUUGUUUUGGAUCAGACUGCAUACACAGCAAUAGUUGAUGCAUUGCUGAAUUGUGGAUCGAUCAAAGGUGCUCUUUGUGCUUUUGGAGAGAUAAUAAAACGGGCUGGUCUGAAUUCAGACUUGAAACCAAAGUCCCACCUAUAUCUUUCCAUGAUGCGUGCCCUAGCUGCUAGAGGACCACCUGAUAUCAAUCUCCCUUUGUCAUCAAGGCCUAGGCCACCUUCUCUGCUUUGGAACGACCCUUGUGAUAUUUUAAAUCGUUUGCUUUCUCAAACUUGUUUGUUAUCCAGUCCAGCUUCUCCUUUGCUUAAUCUUUUUCUAAGUGGACUGCCUUCUAAAUUGCAGGUCGCUAUGCACAUAGAGGCUUUGUUGGGAACUGCAAACUCCUUGUUCAGUCCUCACUUACUUCCUCGGCUAUCAUUAUACGAACCUAUUGACAGUAUCAUGAUGCCAUUUGAAGCAGCUAGGCCACUACCAGGUACUUUGCUUCUGAAGAAAGUGACAAUGCGGUUUUUUAGGGAUUCAGUAGUCCCUAUUGUAGAUGACUGGGGUAGCUGCAUAGGGCUCUUGCAUUGUGAAGAUUGUAAUGAGUUGAAUUCUCCGCUAUCAGCCAUGAUGAGAAGUCCACCUCCUUGUGUUACUACCACGACAUCCAUUGGUCGCAUGAUUGAACUGAUUCUAGAAAAGAAGUACAAAAUGGUGGUGGUCGUAAGAUAUGGUGAUUUAUAUGGUGGCAUGGCAAGCACAAGUGUAAGGGCAGUGGGAGUUUUCGCGUCUGCUCAGUUGUUUAAGCUUGUCGAUCCUCCCCUCACUACAGAUCACUUUAACAACAUUUAGCUGAACAGUUUCUUUCCAGUUCCAUUUUUCCUUGAUUUGCAUUUUGUUCCUCCAUUUCUCCCCCUUGAAAAUGGAUUUUAUUUAGUGGAAUGAGCAUGGCGGAACACGACC